AAUAAUAACAUUUGCUGCUGUGUUUGAUUAAAUGUGAUCGCAUCAACUUGUCAUUAUUAAAAGCGUAUCAAAAUGCAAAUAAUUUAUGGUGCUUCUAAAUGAACAUUUCCAAAGGAACCGCUGUUAAAUAGUGCCCAUAAAAGAAAUUCAUAAUAAUAAAUUAAAGAUUCGGAUAAGUGACAAAAAAAAAUUGUGUGAAAUAUUCAAGCCGGUGCCCGUCGUUUUGCACAAAUACACAUAAAAAUCGAUUGUGUUAUUCAGUUGUUUUGCUUUUAGAUUCACAUCGAAAUAGUCAAAUAUAAUGUGGUUUGUCUUGCAUUUGGACAUUGUACGUCGCGAAUAAUAAGACGGAUGGUCAGAUACAGAGCGAAAAGAAAAGAAAGAAAAUAAAUCAAAUGAAUUAAAUGAAGAAUGAAUGUCUUGAUUAGGCCGUGUUCGUGUCUCGGCUACGGUGUUUUAAUUUACACAUGAAUUUCUAAAAGAAAAAAAACGUCAACAACAAAAAAAUACGAAACGUUCUAGCAAAAACGAACAUUGACAAACGUAAAAAAAUUGUAAUCGUCGUAAUAAGUGCGUAUUAUAGGACUCGUGUCAGCUGAGUUCUAUACACAGCCAUUGAAGGUGUGGAAUAAUUUGUAAUUGAUUUGGAAGUUGGUGUUUCACCGCCCAUUUGCUUGCUAAAAAUGGGAUAUGAAUUGACUCGAUUCCAAGGCGAUGUCGAUGAAGAGCUUGUUUGUCCCAUUUGUGCUGGUGUAUUAGAGGAACCAUUACAGGCAGCAGUCUGUGAACAUGCAUUUUGCAGAGCAUGCAUCACGGAAUGGCUUUCACGCCAACCCACCUGUCCCGUCGAUCGAAAUGCAAUCACAACAACAAAUCUUCGUCCAGUACCGCGCAUUCUGAAGAAUUUAUUGGCCAGACUGAUCAUAUCAUGUGAUAAUGCCAUUUAUGGAUGUACACAAAUUUUGAAAUUGGAUGCGCUUAGUAAUCAUCUGGAAGAAUGUGAGCACAACCCAAAGAAACCGUUACCAUGUGAACGUGGAUGCGGUUCGAUUAUACCCAAAGAUGAAUUUAAAGAUCAUAAUUGCAUUCGUGAAUUGCGUGCGGUAAUCCAUUCAGAGCAACAAAAAAUGGUUGAUAUGAAAAAUGAAAUCAGUGAUCAAAAUCUAUUGAUAAACGAAUUGAAGCGGGAAUUUCAAUUAUUUAAAGAGCUCAUGAGAGCGUCAAAUCCAGCCAUGAGAGCAAUUGCCGAUCAAAUGGAACGUGAUGAAGUUGUGCGUUGGAGCAAUUCAUUGGCACGAGCACGUGUUACACGAUGGGGUGGCAUGAUAUCAACGCCAGAUGAUGCUUUACAGAUGAUGAUAAAACGUGCUUUGUCAGAAUCCGGAUGUCCGCCUCAUAUUUUAGAAAUACUAAUGGAAAAGUGUCAUGAGAGACGAUGGCCGCCUGGACUUAAUUCAUUGGAGACAAGACAGAAUAACCGUAGAACAUACGAUAAGUAUGUGUGUCGACGAAUUCCUGGUAAACAAGCCGUACUAGUGUUAAGUUGCGAUAACCCGCAUAUGAGUGAUGAUGUAAUGGUGGAACCAGGUUUAGUUAUGAUAUUUGCACAUGGCGUCGAGUAACGAGACCACAACACUACUAUUAUUUCAAAGCUAUUUUAAGACAUAAUGCAAAGAAAAUGCAAAUGAUUCGAUAAAGACGUCUUAUUAUAUAUAUAAAUUGAAAGAAUUGUUGGUUUUUCUACGUUUAUUUGAAAGAGAAAAAAACACCCACACAACAAUACAUUCACAACAUUCAAAUCAUAAAAUCAUUUUUUGUGUGUGUUAUAAUCAGCUACAUCUCAGUAAUUCGAUUUCAUAGAUUUCAUAAAUUGGUCAAGUUCAAUGUUAAUGGUUAUUUUUCGAUUUUUUCUAAACAUCGAUGUGAAUUUUAUUUUUUUAUAUUAGCUUUGGUUGUGAGACACACACAAAAUCAAAUAGCUGUCAUCCAAUAUAAGGAGGUUACUGAGAAUUUAAAUUUUGUGUGAUUGUUUAAAAUUGAAUUGCUCAUCAAAACUUGAAAAAUGAAACGAAUUCAUAAAUGUUUUGCCUGUAAUUUUCGUUGUUCAUCGGUGAUUAUCGAUUAUUUCAGAUGUGUGUUUCACAUUUAUAAAUUAAACAAUAGCUAAUAUUAUAAUUUCAAAGUCUCGAUUAUACUAUAUGCGCGAUUUACGCACAGAAUCAUUAGAAAAAGAAAUGGUUUGUUGCAAACACAAAUAAAUAUAUAAAUAAAUUAAUGAAAUUAAAUUUAAAAAAAAAUGACAAGAUACAUUAUGCAUGUAUUCCAAUUGUAAUUGUAAUGUAUAGAGCUUAAUAAAAUUAGUGAAAAAAAGGUUGAAAAUAAAAGAAAAAAACAUAAAUCAAUCAUAAGUAGAGUCCAAAUGUGCUCCCUUGAACAAAAUAAAGAAAAAAAAUUCAAAAACUA